UGAUCCCGCCCGGCCCUCGGGGUGGUGCAGCGAGCGGCGGGGCGUGGGAAGGGCCGCCCGGGCCUCUGUGACGUCGGCGCCGGAACCUGGAACCCCGGCCGCGGGAGGGAAGGCGACGGCCGGGACGGUUCUCCCGCGGCCUCUCGGGGACGCGGGGCGCAGCCAUGAGCGAGACCAGUGUCGGUGCGUUCCCGUCCGGCAGGCGCACCAGGCAGCCCUUCAUGCGCCAAGAGAGCCUCUCUCUGGACUCCAGUUGCUUUUCUUCUCCGCCUAUGAAUGUCCUUCAAGAACUGCCAAGCUACCGGUCCACUGCACGCAGGAGGACAAACAUCCUGAACCGAGACAAGCAAAAUGGCACUUUGCUGAAGCCGACAGAUUCUUACAGCUCCCAGCUGGAGGGAGGAAUCAACGAAAAUCUCAAUAGCCAAUCCAUUCGGAAGUACGCGCUGAACAUCUCAGAGAAGCGGAGACUAAGGGACAUUCAGGAGACCCAAAUGAAAUACUUAUCUGAGUGGGACCAGUGGAAGCAGUACAGCAGCAAGUCCUGGAAGAGGUUUCUAGAGAAGGCACACGAGGUGACCACCCACCUGGAGCUGUGGCGGGACGACAUUCGCAGCAUAGAAGGAAAAUUUGGUACAGGGAUUCAGUCCUAUUUCUCCUUCUUGCGGUUCCUGGUGUUGCUGAAUUUGGUGAUAUUUCUGAUCAUCUUUAUGCUGGUUUUGCUCCCUAUCUUGCUUACCAAAUACAAGAUCACCAAUAGCAGCUUUGUGCUCAUUCCAUCCAAAGACAUGGAUAUACAAUGUACGGUUUAUCCAAUAAGUAGCUCUGGACUCAUUUACUUUUACAGUUAUAUCAUAGACUUACUUUCUGGCACUGGUUUCUUGGAGGACACCUCCCUCUUUUAUGGACAUUACACCAUUGAUGGGGUGAAAUUUCAGAACUUCACCUAUGACCUGCCCCUGGCAUAUCUGCUAAGCACAAUCGCCUACCUGGCCCUGAGCCUUCUUUGGAUAGUGAAAAGGUCAGUGGAAGGGUUCAAGAUCAACCUGAUUCGGAGUGAGGAGCACUUCCAGAGUUACUGCAACAAGAUCUUUGCUGGCUGGGACUUCUGCAUCACCAACCGCAGCAUGGCAGAUCUGAAGCACAGCAGCUUGCGGUAUGAGCUCCGAGCAGACCUGGAAGAGGAAAGAAUACGGCAGAAAAUAGCAGAAAGGACCUCAGAAGAAACGCUACGGAUUUAUUCUUUGAGGCUAUUUUUGAAUUGUAUUGUUCUGGCUGUUUUAGCAGCAUGCUUUUAUGCGAUCUAUAGAGCAACUAUAUUCUCGCAAGAGCACAUGAAAAAAGAAAUUGACAAGAUGGUUUUUGGAGAGAACCUCCUGAUAUUGUACCUGCCAUCUAUUGUGAUUACACUGGCCAAUUUUGUCACCCCAAUGAUCUUUGCUAAGAUCAUCCACUAUGAGGAUUAUUCCCCGGGCUUUGAGAUCCGGCUGACGAUCCUUAGGUGUGUCUUCAUGCGCCUGGCCACCAUCUGCGUGCUGGUAUUCACCCUGGGCUCCAAGAUCACCACUUGCGAUAACUACACGUGUGAACUCUGUGGCUACAACCAGCAGCUCUACCCGUGCUGGGAGACCCAAGUUGGGCAGGAAAUGUAUAAGCUGAUGAUCUUCGACCUCAUCAUCAUCUUGGCUGUGACGCUAUUUGUGGAUUUUCCUAGAAAGCUCCUGGUGACCCACUGUUCAUCCUGGAAGCUGAUUCAGUGCUGGGGGCAGCAGGAAUUUGCCAUUCCUGAUAACGUUCUGGGCAUUGUUUACGGGCAAACCAUUUGCUGGAUCGGAUCUUUUUUCUCACCUCUUCUCCCAGCAAUCGCAACCAUGAAAUUCAUUAUCAUCUUUUAUGUGAAAGAGAUGAGUCUUCUCCAUACCUGCAGACCCUCUCCGAGGCAGUUCAGAGCAUCCAAUUCGAAUUUUUUCUUCCUAUUGGUGUUGUUGAUUGGGCUAUGCUUGGCCAUAAUACCUCUGACGAUCAGCAUGGCACACAUCCCUUCCUCAAAAGCCUGUGGGCCGUUCACCAACUUCAACACCACCUGGGAGGUCGUCCCUCAGACAGUGGCCACCUUCCCCAGCUCACUGCAGUCCCUGAUCCACGGCAUCACGUCAGAAGCCUUCGCAGUGCCUUUCUUCAUGAUCAUCUGCCUCAUUAUGUUUUACUUCAUCGCCCUGGCCGGAGCGCACAAGCAGGUGGUGGACCAGCUCCGAGAGCAGCUGGCCCUGGAAAGUCGGGACAAGCGUUACCUAAUCCAGAAACUAACAGAAGCCCAAAGGGAUAUGAAGAACCGACUAGAUUGACGUUGAAGAUGCAGUUGCAUGUCGCUGACAAGCUGACUCUGCCAAGCCUACAAAGUCCACUUGAGUUUUGAAUGGAAAUUUUUAAAUAUAUUUUCUGGAGUUCAGGCUUUUCCUAAAAGUGGCUCCCCCUUUGCAGCUAUGGUGGCCUGUUUAUGUAACCCAGCCCCUACAUUAGGGCUUUAGUGACUUAGAAAAGCAGGUUCAAAACCAAGUCUUGCCUACAGACCAGCGCUCAGUGACAAAAUUAACUUGUCAGCCUUUACAACAAGUCUUGUGAAGGUAACUUUUAUAUUUUUAAAAGUUUAUUUUGUCUUGAAUUUUAAAGUGAACUUUAGAGGUUAUUAUACAUUCAUGAGGCUUGAUGAUUUCUUUUGAACCAGGUUAUAGGGGUUUAGGCUGAGCAGUGUCCUUAACAACUAGUAACUUAAAAUCUGUUGGCUUAAAAUGAGACCUGAGUAUUUUAAGUGAAGAGAAAUCCUUGAAUCAUGAUGUUUGGGAACAGAUGGUGAGAAAAUGGAGCUGAUGGUUAUGUAAUUUCGUCUAGCUACAUGGUAGUAAUUUUUGAGAGAAAAGUCCAUCUGCAGCUUUGUGAAUGAGCAGUUCCCGAAUGCCCUAGAUUAAGCUAAAUAUAUGAGGAAGUGAACUGCUGCAGGAUGAUAGCCUUGAUUUCUUGGCUUCCUGGGCAGCUUGCUGCAGCCUUAUUUCUCAGGGGAAAACUGUCUUUGGCGGGCUGGACAGCCACAAACCGUCUGUUCCCUUCUAGUCCUGAGUUCUGAAGACUUGGUGGAGGAGCCCGGUGCCAUCAAAAUCAGGAGUCAGACAAAGUUUGACUCUUGAUUUUCCAAAUGCUAUUUGCCUUCCUGCAUUGAGGUCUCCAUUUCUGAAGGUCAAUUAACAUUUCAGAGCCAGACUGGAAAGGUUUAGAGCUAGAGCUUUCUUUGCAUACAUAAGUGUUUGGGGAUGUGGGUUAUCGUCUGUUAACCAGAACAGCCUGUGAAAAAGCACCAAACUAAACUGAACGCUGGUUUCUUAAAUACACAUACCCCCAUUUUUAAGGCCUACUGUGUAUUUCACUGUACUUAAAAUUUUAAAUGCACGUACCUUUCUUUUGUAACACAUGCAGGGGAUCUCUUAAGAUUUUCAUUAACAGUAAAAACCACAUGCAAUGACUACCUCAUCAUAAGCUUACCCAAAAUUGAUAGCACUAAAACUUUUACUACAAGCCUAAGUUAUUGUUUUAUGUAAUUGGUUUUCAUUUAAUAGCCUCAGAAGCCUCUUCCAAGUACUGUAGUUUUGUAAGGGACUGUUGGAGCUUUCCUUCCACUGUUUUUCUUUCUUUCACUGACUCCAAACCUUUCCUGGAGGAUAACCUGGAAUUCAAAGUUGGAUGCGGGUUUUAGAAAGCUGCUGUUAAGAGUAAUUCCUCCCACUUGCCUGUACUCAAAAGUACAGGGGACUCCCUGCUCUGAGGAGCAAAGCACACUCGCUAUAGCUUGCACAUUUCUUUAUACUUGUCCCUUUCCAGAGAGCACUUUGAUGCUCUUUCACAAAGUAUAAACAUGGGGUAUUUUUGUACCUGGGAGACUGAUGGGCUUUUCAAGAGAUUCUUGUCUUGUUAAGGCUAUGAGUUUCUAAAUCUAAGAACUGAUAUCAUGGAAUUUUGGGUAACCCGAAGUUCAUUCCAUCCUCACCAAAAAAAUUCUAAUUGUUGACUUUUCUGCCUAUUGUCUUUAUACACACACACACACACACACAUAUACACAUACAUACAUAAUGUCCAUGCUUUCACCAAGUUUAUGAGGGAAAUUUUCUGUGUGUGUGUGUGUGGUGGAAACAUGAAAAUGUGACUCGUUUUUCUUCUCUUAUAAAACUGGCACUGAAAUAUGCUAAUUUAUUAGUUUUAGUUAAAUGAUACUAAUUUGUAUACCUCUUAUUUGAAUGUUUUAAUGUUUUGAUAACUUUAAUACCUUCAAGUGAAGUCUGUAUAAUUUUUUAAAUGCAGCUCUAACAAAUGUGCAUUAAACCUACUGAUUAAACAGUAACUUCGGAGUUUUAUAAUGUAAUUGUGUAUAUCUGAAUUCAUGCAGGCUUCUUGCCAGCAAUCAAGUGGUCAUAGUAAACUGUAACAGUUUGCAAAGUUGCUCUUGGCCUUUUUUCUAGAAUCACAGAAAGAAAAAAGAAGUGUUAAUUGUCUUCAUCAGAUGAGGGCUUUUAAGAGUCCUUGGCUCUGUUGGAGACUUGCAAGGAGGUCGUAUGUGUAUGUGAUUUUAUUUAUUUAUUUAUUUAUUUAGAAAUAAAUUCAAACUUAGAGGAACAGUUGCAAAAACAAUACAAACCCCAUACACAGAAUUCCAGCAUUGUGUAUGUGUUUUAAAUAAACUUAAAGUCUAAAAUUAUUUCAAGCACUCCCUAUCCCACUCUCCAGAAGGAACCACUGCUAACAAUUUGUAUAUUUUAUUCCUCCUGAAAAUUUUAAUGCAUAGUCAAGCAGAUAUAUAUGUGUGGUGGGUGUAUAUGUGAAAUAAAUAUAUCUGAACUUUCCCGUUUUUCUACUUAACAUAUCUUGUCCCAUAUCAACAACUGCUUCAUACUUUUAAAUGGUACAAACAUUAUCAACAGUUCCAGUGAUAGAAACUUAGAUUGUCUGCAUAUCAUGCAUUGCCCACUACAACAAACUUUGUGAACAUGAAUUUGAAAAGCCUUUGCAAAUUGCUCCACUCUGCUCUAGGCCCUUAUCAAGGCAGUCUUGCAGGUUGUCACAAGCCCAAAAUGUUCUCAUUCCAGCAAAGAAUCCAAGUCUUUAGAGUACUUGAGCUCUUUCACGGACAAAGUAAAUUCCUACCGCUGCAUAUCUGAUUGCAGUUACCCACUGUCAUAAGUACUGGAGAAGAAAGAAAUUAAUUUUGCCAAGGUGACAGUGCAAGUUCUGACCCCUGGAAAGGAAGAACUUCUGAAUGUAUUUUCUUUAUAUGGGGCAUGGUUUUACUAGAAAGUUCCAUCUGGUGUAUUUCCUUUCCAGUGCAGUGGGAUGUGCUUGGGACAUGGAAAGGAUCUGCUACUUACUUACUUACUGUGUGAUUUUGGAAAAGUGUUUCUACCUCUCUGAAGCUCAGUUUCCUCAUCUUUAAAAUGGGAAAAUAAUACAUCCAUUUCAUUUUUAUUUUUGAACACUGA